AUGGUCGCCAAAAGACAGAGCUCCAUCGCCUCCCGCCCGCUUUCUUCGACCGAGGGCUCGAUGGAUGACGAGGUCAUCGCGUUCAACGAGCCUACUGAGUUCAUCCCUGACUCUCCUCAACCGCUCAACGAUGAUCCUACCCCUGCAACUGCCGAGCCUCGAUCUCCUCCCCCUCCUACCGACCCCGCUGUUGUUGUCUUCAUAGUUGUUCAUGAGACUUAUGUUGGUGAUGAGGAAAAAAACAUGUAA